CCCUUAGCUAAGAAAAAUCAAUAAUUUGACAAAUUACACUCUAGAAAUUGUUUUCGUUGUUCAAGGAAAACGUGAUUUGCCGUAGGUAACAGAAAUUAGUGAUUUUUACAAGGGAAAACUAUAUUUCAAGGGCUAUUAGUCAGCCAAUCACGAACGGGAUGACUGAAGGCACUUAUGAGUAUGAAUGCAUGCGGGCCGAACUGUUAGGCAUCGAUAAACCGAGCCUAGAAGAAUUUGAAGAAAAAAUGAAACUUCGAAAAGAGGUAGAGGAAGAGGAACAAAUUACUCAGCAAAUGCAGGAAGUUGAUCUACAAGAUGAGCAAACACAAGGAGUGUCCGGUAAAAUGGAUGAGCUGAAUAACAUACUAUCAAUAACUCAGCAACGGAUCAACAAAUUCAAGGUGGCUUGUGGCAGUCUGACUAGCCUGUUGAAGAUGCGUCCAUCUACGCCCAGCGGAGGUAAUCCUUCUGAUGAAGCAGCGAAUGAAUCGUCCUCUAAUACCAUUAACGAUGCGCUCGAUGCAUUAGACACGAUGAAAGAUGUUCAGAAGGCGUCGGACGCUACCAUCGCAAAGUCAGCUGCAUCUGAUCUGAGUCAAAAAAUGACGUCACAAAUGGAUAAACUGGAUUCGUUAUUGUAUAAAGCUGAUAAUGCUUCGUAUUCCAUGAAACAACAAACCGAUCAGAUGCGAAAAAUGACGAAGUAAUUUGCAGCCAGCAACAAUAUUUACCAAAAACUCAAAACACGAUUUCUAAUAAUACCUUGACGCUUACAUUUGUAUUGUACUAUACUCUAAUAUAAAUUCAACGCUUCAAGGUUUAUACUCCCUAUUUAAGCAAUGGACUUUUCCUGCUUGAAUGUAAGAAUUUUUGUUUGUCAAUUAUUCAACUAGCUUUCUUUGUUUCAAUUUUACGUGCAUAAAAUCUAUAUACUAAUAUAAUUAUUUUCGUGCUAUUGUGCUGUCUUCCAAGUAACAGUUAGCGAUCGCCAAGCACAAUCAGCUUUUUAAAUGUCGUGUGAUUUGAGUAUUGACACUACAUCGAGAAAACAAUGCCAGUGAAGCGUUAGAACACCGAGUCAGAAUGUGAUAUUAGUUUGCACCAGAUGUACACAUGUUAUUUGGGCGAUGAAAUACUUUUCCAUGUUGUUAGAUUACAUUCAUUAUUAGCGCUAGAUGUUAUUGUUGUCUUUAUCUACAUUCGAACCUAAUAAUAAUCAAAUUAAAAUUAUAUUUAAAGCUAUGAAUAUAAUUAUACGAUAAAUGCCAUGAAUUUUUGAUUUUUAAUGGAUAGAAGAAAUAUUUUUAAUGGAUAGAAGAUAUAUGAUUGGUUAUAUUAUUCCGAAAAACGUUAGCUCAUUAAUUGUAUAUUGACUUCGUUGUCUAUCGGAUUGUUAAGUUAAAUUUAUUGGGGACUUUGCCUCUAUAAGUAUUCCAUAUUCUCAAGUAGAACAUUUAAUAUAGGCCACCGAUUGUUAUAAUAUAUUGACAAUCACGAUGAUAUUCUU